AUGGUUGAGCACCUAGUUGAGGAGAUUGGUUGGGAGAUGGCAGGAAGGCUCAAGGUUUACUACUGCAUUCCAAUCCUAACCUUGCAGAAGAAUGGCUUGAGAGAAAUAAGAGGAGAUGGAGACACAGACCAGAUGAUAACAUUUGUUGAUCUUGGCCACCACUCAUUUAGUCUCUACUUAGACCAUGAAGACAGUCUGAAUUCAAACAAUGAUGAUGGUGAUGUGGUCAAUUUCCCAAGAGUGCAGCUACCUCCAGUGUUUAGUCCUUCUAAGACAAGAGUUGAUCAGGCAGAAAGUACUGAGGCUGUAAAUGCAGAGACAGAUGUUCAUGUACCUGAAGGUGAAGCAAUCCCAAUACAAGUUGUGUAUCCAGAGAGCUCAGAUGUUAAUGUGGGCAAUUAUGUGUUUGCAAGGAGGAAUUGUUCUUUUGGUGAGCAGGAUGAAAAUGUUAUGGCUCCAGAUGUAGUGCUGGAGGCAAAACAACAAGGAAGUGAUGAAGCUGGAUCAUCAAGAGUAUGCAAAAGAAAAUGCAGUUCUGAUUACCUGGAAGAUGCUGAUACUGACUCAGAUGACUCUGACUUUGAUCCUGGAGCCAUAAUGGACAGUGACUAUGACAUAAGUGAUGGUGAUGAUGAUUUGUUUGUUGAUAAUGUAGACAUGGAUGAGCCUGUGGAGACAGAGAAGAAGAAAGAAGAGAAAGGGAAGCAAAAGGUUCAAAAGGGAAAAGAAGCUGUGAAAGGAAAUGAGAAAGAUGGAGAUAAAGCAGCAGCAUAUGAUCAUGAAGAUGAGUUCUAUGAAUCAUAG